AUGCCUGGAUGUCUUACUCUCCUGCGCUUCUGGAGGAAACGCAAACAAGACGAUGAAGCCGCCACUGUCCAAGUCAAAGAGAAGUACGGAACUUUCGACCGACCACAAAUUGCCAACUCCAAGAAGACCUCGACCGAUUCCUCUUUCGACGAUCCACUCAAGAAUAGCAAGACCAAGGUUCAAGUUUCAUACAUGCCGCACCCAACUUGCAACCCAAUCUACUCCGCCUACGCCGCACCGAAAGAUCUUGCAUGGAUAAACGCGACACAGACUCGGCCGGUUAGUGGACACACUGACGAGACCGAGGAGACUGCCCGCCGGCGAAAGACAGAAGAGGAAGAGCAGGAACGCCUCAACUUUUUCCAGAUGCUGUGA